AUGGCUACCCCUAGUGUUCUCGCUUUUGACGCUGAGGGUCGGGCCAUUGACUUUGACGUCUGGAUAGAUGACCUGCAGCUUUUCUUACAGUGCGAUAGAGCAGACGGCCUCUCCCUCUUUGACCUCACUUCUGGUGCCUCUCCUGCCCCCGCCACUGAUGCUGACGCAACUGUUCGCUCCCAGUGGGCCACGCGCGAUGCUGCUGCACGUCUUGCUGUGCGUCGCCACCUGCCUACCUCUGAGCGUGCGCACUUUAGCCAGUACAAGAGUGCUCAGACCUUGUACGACGCUGUAGUUGCACGCUACUCCUCCCCUGCCACUGCUGCACUGAGUCGCCUCAUGCUACCGUACCUCUUCCCUGACCUUGCUGCCUUUCCCACAGUCGCUGACCUCAUUACGCACCUACGCACUAGUGACACUCGCUACCGCGCUGCGCUUCCUGCUGAGUUCUGUGCCAAGAACCCCCCCCCCAUGUACAUCACCCUCUACUACAUAGUCACCCGGCUCCCUGACUCCCUUCGCGUAGUCAGGGACCACUUCCUCUCAGUUUGCCCCACCACUCUCACCGUUGACCUCCUCGAGAAGUCCCUCCUAGCAGCAGAGAAGAGCAUAGUAGCUGUAGGAGCCUCUCGUGGUGACCCUCGCACCCCCAUCUUUGAGGGGUGUUCCCCCUCCCCCCUUUUGCCCUCUGUUGCCUCUGCUGCUGCGGCCGACCUCGUUGGGCUUGAGUCGGUCGGUGCGGCGUCUACCCCUAGCGGGAGACGCCGCCCUGGCAAGGGCAAGGGGGGCAGGGGCGCUGGAGGAGCUAGCGGGGGCGGUGGAGGCGGCAGUGGAGGCGGUGGAGGAGGUGGGGGGGGCGGUGGGGGUGGUGGCGGGGGGUGGAGGUGUCGGUGGCGGCAGUGGAGGCGGAGGCGGCAGCGGCAGUGGCGGAGGGAGCGGAGGUGGGCGGCGGUGGAGGAGGAGGCGGCGGAGGAGGUGGAGCUGGUCGUGGUGGCGCUGCGCAGAGGGUCGGCUUCCGGUGGUGAGGGGUGGGGGUACUGGUCCGUGCACCUACGUCCUCCGCACCGGCGACCGCGGCGGGUGAGCAGUGCGGGGGUGCGCACGUCCACCCAGCGCUGCUUUGGCCGCCUGACGGACGCUUGGCGUCACCAGUUCCCUGAGGCCACUGAGAUCCCCCGCUGGGGUGAGCUGUCUAGGGCGGGUGUGGCUGUCUUUGACCUUGACUUUGAUGCUAUUCUUGCUGCCAUGUAUACUGUGACUAUUAGUGAUGAGGGUGACUGUUACCGGUGUUUUCCGCCCGACCCGGGCAUUGAGACUGCUGCUCUAGGUACUGGUGAGGCUGCUGCUCUAGGUGCUAGCGAGGCUGCUGCUCUAGGUGCGUCUGCUCCCUCAGGUGCUGGUGAGUCUGCUCUCUCAGGUUCUUGCGUCGGCUUCGGCCUCCCACACCUUCACCCUUGCUCGGGGGCUUCUCGCUCCUUCUUUCGAGACCGCACCACACUCACGCCGCUUAGCCGGCCAGUUGCAGUCUCUCUGGCAGACCCCUCUGGGGGUCCUGUCCUUGCUCACUUCUCCACUGUCCUCCCGUGUCCGGCGGCCCCCUCUGGCACCCUGUCUGGUCUUUACCUUCCCUCGUUCUCUACGAACUUGGUGAGUGGUGCUGACCUCCAGGAUGCGGGGGUUCACCAGUUCACUCCUGCGAGUCGGCGGGUGACCCACUGCACGGACGCUCGGACAGGCCGACACCUGGCCACGUUUACCCGUCGGCCGGGGUCGAGCCUGUACACCCUGACCACUGCGUCUCCUCCAGUCACUGCGUCUGGUCAGGUAGCUGCGUCGGGUCAGGUGUUUGCUGCAGCGUCCAGGUCUGGUCCUGAGUCUGCCCCCUGUUCGUGUCGCCUCCUGUCCUCACGAGACUCUCCUCUGGCACCACCGCCUUGGUCACCCCUCCCUGCUUCGUCUCCGAAGCAUGGCCUCCCGUGUCCUUGUCUCUGGUCUUCCCCGGUCCCUCCCUCCCCUUCCUCCGGGGCCUGGCCCUACCUGCGUCCCCUGUGUCGAGGGGCGGGCAGCGGGCUGCCCCUCACUCCUCCCAGUUUCCUCCGACAGAGGCCCCGCUGCAGACGCUUCACAUGGACGUGUGGGGCCCGGCCCGCGUCCGUGGACAGGGUCACGAGCGCUACUUCCUGCUGGGUGGUUGACGACUACUCGCGUUACACCACAGUCUUCCCCUUGCGCAGCAAGGGUGAUGUCACUGAGGUGUUGAUCGACUGGAUCCGCGCAGCUCGUCUCCAGCUCAGGCAGAGCUUCGGCUCGGACUUUCCUGUUCAGCGUCUGCACUCUGACAGAGGUGGAGAGUUCUCCUCUGGCCUUCUGCGAGCCUACUGUCGUGCACGAGGCAUCCGCCAGACCUUCACGCUUCCGGACUCUCCACAGCAAAAUGGGAUUGCUGAGCGCCGCAUUGGCAUGGUCAUGGACGUCGCCCGUACGUCCAUGAUGCAUGCGGCUGCCCCCCAUUUUCUGUGGCCGUUUGCGGUUCGGUACGCGGCGCAUCAGAUCAACCUUCACCCCAGGGUCUCCAUGCCGGAGACCUCCCCAGCUUUGCUGUGGACGGGGAAGGUUGGCGAUGCGUCUGCGUUCCGUGUCUGGGGAUCUCGGGCGUUUGUCCGCGACUUGUCUGCGGACAAGCUGUCCCCUCGUGCUGCUCCUUGCGUCUUCCUUGGCUUCCCCCCUGACGCGCCAGGGUGGCAGUUCUACCACCCCACCUCUCGCCGUGUCCUGUCCUCCCAGGACGUCACGUUUGACGAGUCGGUCCCCUACUACCGCCUCUUCCCCUACCGCACUCCGUCCCUCCCCCCGCCACCGCUCUUCCUUGUCCCAGGUCCCCCCCCGGUAGACCCCCUCCCCCCUCAGGGUCCUGCCCCUUCAGGUGUGUCCCAGGUAGACGCAGUCGAGCCUGUCGAGGUUACUGGUGACUCUGGUGCUGCUGAGGGUGCUGAGCCUGGGGGUGCUGACUCUGGGGGUGCUGAGCGUGUGGGUGCUACGUCUGGGGGUGCUGAGCCUGGGGGUGCUGAGCCUGGGAGUGCUACGCCUGGGGGUGCUACGCCUGGAGGUGCUGAGCCUGGGGGGUGA